ACAAAAAAAAAAAAGAAAAAAAAAGAAGAAGAAGAAGCAGUUUUUGAGGUCGAAGACAGGAAGGGAAGACACACGCACAAGCAGAGAGAGCCGAAUUUCACAGAGAAAAACUGGAGAGAGUGUGGGACGACGCUAUUUAACUUCCCCCCUUCCUUCUUCUCUCAAAAAUUUUCACUUUUCCCGCGGCACUUUCCCUCUCUUCUCUCUCUCUCUCUUCACUUCCUUUUCCAAUUUUGAACUCUUGGUAUAUCCCUCGCUUCCCUUCUUCUUUAUCUCUCUCUCUCUCUUCUUUUGCCUCUCCUUUCAAUUCUAGGGUUUUCCUCUCAUUUCUGAAUAUUAAUUUCAGGUAUUAGGAUUCUUUGCACUUCUGGAUGUCGUAGCUCCAAACCUUUGUUUAUGAGAUGCCACGAUCAUGCUCCAUUUGCUUAUUUAACUGACUUGCUUCAAGUUUAUUUCAGGCUGUCCAAAUAUUAUGUUGAUUGAAACUAUCGACUUUUGGUCCUGAUGGACAGUCAGCAGCAUGAGUAGAAAAAUCCAUUCUUCCAGCGUCUUCUGUGUUUGACAAUUUAAGUGGUUAAUCCUUGAGGGUAGUAGUAAUGGAGUGCAACAAGGAAGAGGCCAUCAAGGCUAUGAAAAUUGCUGAGAAGAAGCUGGAAACCAAUGAUUUUACUGGGGCAAGGAAGAUGGCUCAGACCGCACAUAGACUCUUUCCUACGCUUGAAAACAUUACUCAAUUGCUAACGGUAUGUGAGAUUCACUGUUCAGCACAGAAUAGAAUAUAUGGAACUGAAAAUGAUUGGUAUGGGAUUCUUCAAAUCGAACAAUCAUCAGAUGAAACAGUUAUCAAAAAACAGUACAGGAAGCUCGCACUGUUACUCCACCCAGAUAAAAACAAGUUUUCUGGUGCAGAAUCUGCUUUCAAACUUGUUGGUGAAGCCAACAGGCUGCUCUCUGAUCAGUCAAAACGCAAGUUAUAUGACAUGAAGUAUGGAGCUGCCAGAAGAAAUAUUGCACCUUCCAAGCCAUCUCAUGAUCAGCAGAAUGGAUACACAGCCGUCAACAAGCAAGAGAAGGGAACUGCAAAUGGUUACUCAAGUGUUCCUUUCUCACAUUUCCCUGGAGGGAAUUCUUUUAAACCACCACAACCACCGCCACAGCAGGCUUUUUGGACUUGCUGCCCAUUUUGUAAUGUGAGGUAUCAGUAUCUCAAAUGUUAUCUUAAUAAGAUGUUGCGUUGCCAGAAUUGUGGCAGAGGGUUCAUCUCGCAUGAUUUGAAUAAUCAAACUAUGCCUCCAACAUACCACCAAACUCACGUUCCUCAGAAAAAAGUACCUCCCGAGUCGGGACCCUCAAAACCUGAUGCACAAAAUAAUCAUGGUUCUGAUAAGAAAUCUCAUCACAGAUCUGCUGGAGUUGAUUCGAAAGCUAAAGCAGGGAAAAAACAGAAGGCACGGCAUGUGGAUGUGGAAAGACAGGGAGGUAAUGUUAAGCCCAAAUCAGAUGCAGAAAUGACUGGGAAAGAAAGGUCCAGGUCUGAUGCAGGAACAAGCACGGAAAAGGGAGCUACCAAGAACCAAAAUAGGAAGAGACAAAGGAAAUCUGCUGCGGCACGUGGUAACAAUUCUGAAAAUGACCAAGUUGAAGAUGACAAUGUAUCUGAAAAGGAUCCUGGCGCGAGCAGAGAUGAUUGUCAAAGAAGAUCUUCAAGGAACAAAAAACAUGUUUCAUACACGAAUUUAAGUGAAGAUAAGGAUAAUUUACAGGCUCGAAAAAAGUCAAGGGGCAGUGCGUCCACGGACUUGAAAGAGGAGAUGAAAGAUGCAACUGCAGAUGUUGCAGCAUCUGCCAAGGGCAUCAGAGAUGAUUUACCUCCUUCCCAUCCAGAAAUCUUGGCCAACAGAAAACCCAAAUGUGAGGAAGUAGUGAGAGAAGGGAAAAAUAGGUCAGAUAAAAAUGAUAAAAAAUCCGAAACUGAGGAUGAUGAUACAGAGGAAAAUGACUUGAAAGGAGUACAUGUUUUGGUGUGUGCUGAUCCUGAGUUUAGCGAUUUUGAUAAGGAUAAAGCAAAAGAUUGUUUUGUGGUCAAUCAGGUAUGGGCUAUUUAUGAUACCACUGAUGGCAUGCCAAGAUUUUAUGCCCGCAUUAGAAAGGUGUUCUCUCCUGAAUUCAAGCUCCAGAUUUCCUGGUUCGAACCAUAUCCUGACGACGAAGAUGAAAUCAAAUGGAGCGAUGAAGAAUUGCCGGUAGCCUGUGGCAAGUAUAGAAUAGGAGGAACUGACCUAACUGUUGAUCUUCCCAUGUUCUCUCAUUUGGUACAUUGCCCCAAGCAGGGGGCAUCAAGGAAUACUUACUUUAUAUAUCCGAGAAAAGGAGAAACUUGGGCUCUUUUCAAGGACUGGGAUAUUAGAUGGAACUCUGAACCUGAAAAACAUGUAGCUUUCGAAUAUGAGUUUGUUGAGAUCCUGUCAGAUUAUGUCGAAGACGUUGGCAUCUCGGUUGCUUUCAUGGACAAGGUCAAAGGUUUUGUCUGCUUGUUUCAGACUACUGAGAAGCAUAGACAAAACUCCUUUAAGAUUCCACCUAAUGAGUUGUACAGAUUUUCUCAUCAAAUUCCUUCAGUUAGAAUGACCGGAAAGGAAAGGGAAGGUGUUCAGAAAGGAUCAUUUGAAUUAGAUCCUGCGGCUCUUCCCCCUAAUAUUAAUGAUCACGUUGAUCUGAAUAAUGUCAAGGGGGAGACUAAUGAUGCUCCUGCUACUUCUGGAAGAACUGAUCCGUCUCGUGGUUGUAAAUCCCCAAAAGUGAAAGUGGAAGUGAUUGUUCUUGAUAAUAAUGAGGCUGCAAACAUUCAGAAGAAGAGUAACCCAAAGAAGAGUCAUCCAAAAAGUGAGGCCCCAACUAUUGUACGUAAAUCUCCAAGAAAGUUAAACCCGACUGAAAACAACACUCAGGUAAACACAGAUAAGUUCGUCCCUGAAGAUAAUAGAAGUAAAGGUGAAAGUCAAAAUGGCCUAUCAACACACAAGGAAGGCAGCACAAUUCAUCAAAAUGGAGGAACGAACACUCCGAAGAAACAUGGUGAGAAUAGCGCUCAGGAGAUGCUUAGACUUAGAAGAUCACCUAGAGAUUUGAGCAAGAAAAAUGCAGGUUAACGUAUGGAAGAUAGGGAGAGCAGGCAAUCUGAAUCGUGGAAGUUGAAAUCAAAUUUUGCUCUAGAGAAUGGGAAGUAUUCAUCUCCAUGUUAAAUGAGAACAGUCCCAGUUGAUUUCUUAUCUUUCUUUUUUUACCUUGUUCUAGAAAACUCUGGAGCGCUGUUCCAUGCUCUUUUUCAGGAAGCCAUCUAUCGACGAGUUCAAGUUUCGUUCUAAGUCUCUUGCUGAAGGAAAACUUUGAUUUUGCUCAGACCUCUAACAUUGGAAGGUAGAAGAGAGGAGGUGGGUAGGCAUCUCCUAUUUAGAUUAAAUGCUAUGAUCAAAUGGGAAGCAAGAAGUUGACUGGGGCUGUUUGGGAGCUUAAUAUGUUGGUUCUAAUUUGAAGAUUGAUCUGCAAAAGCAGGAAUUGUACAUUUGAUUUCCCAACAUUUUAGUAUAGGAGUAGAGUCAUGGAGAGAGGAUUUCAUCUGCCAUGUUGGCACUUGGAAAAGGGUUACUGUCUAUGUUACUGGAUUUUGGAUGAAAAUGCUCAUGUAGGGAGAAGAUAGGGAACCCUUUUUAUAUGUAACCGCUAAAUUCAUCUCACUUCUGAUCUUCCCAUGUUUAUUCAUGUCUGUUCUAAUUUCUUUUCUUUUGGUAACGAUGUUUGUAAAGUUGCUUUCAGUUUGGAUUUUCUUCAGUAAAACUUUCUAAAGACCAACUAUUGAUUA